AUGGCAAACUCUGCGGGUGGUUUUACCUGGACACCGUCGGCUGGGCGCCGUAAAGGUCUCCCGACGAUUGGUGCCGUCCAGCCUCCAAGUUACUCUCCCCAGCCUAGCAGUAAGGUGCACGAUGUCAUUGUUAUUGGAGCCGGUUAUGCUGGCCUAAUCGCCGCUCGAGACCUGGCGACGCAAGGCAAGACGACGCUGCUACUUGAGGCCCGCGAUAGGCUUGGAGGUCGCACGUGGAAUGCAACCAUCAAUGGGUUCAAUUACGAAAUGGGCGGAACUUGGGUUCAUUGGCAUAUGCCGCACAUUUAUCGCGAGAUUUCGUACUACGGCCUACACAACGAUUUCAUUGUCACCCAGAACCCCGGCAGCAAGGAAGACUACUUCACAGCCACGACGGGGAGCAAGCAGCGUAACAUGUCGCACGAGGAAGAGGCCACCAUCGCGGGGCGAGUGCUGCGGAAGUUUUGCAAUGUGGACGGCGAGGAUCUUAGACAUUCCUGGAAAUACCCGUUCGCUACGGACCAGUCGCAGAAACUCAUGGCUCAAUGCGAUAAGCUAUCCUGCAAAGACCGCCUGGAAGAGAUCCGCGACCAACUUUCGCCAGAAGAGCUGAGCAUCUUGGAAUCCCAGCUGCUUCAGAUGGGAGGCAGCUCUCUGGAAAAAAUCGGAUUGCUUGGUGUCCUCCUCUGGUGGUCAUUAGGCUCUCAUACUCCAACAGGGCUGAACGACAUUGCGCUUCAUACUAGGCUGCGGAGUGGACAGAGCGAAUUGCACCGACGCAUCUUUGAGCACGCAAAGUCUAGUGGAAACCUCUCCUACAGCUUCCAGACCCCUGUCCACCGCCUCGAGGACGCUGACGAUAUUGUUACCGUCACGUCUAGAGAUGGACAGGUGUGGAAGGCAAAGUCGGUCAUCUGCACCAUCCCUCUCAAUGUUCUGCCGUCCAUCGACUUUGGGCCACCACUUCCUGCGGACAAGCUAGAGGCAAUACAGCACAAAUCAGUCAACAGGUGCAACAAGGUCCAUGUCGACUUGAAUGGCCCGGAUUAUUUGUCGUGGACAUCGCUAGGCACGCCUGGAAAAGGUCUAGUCUCGGCGUUUGGGGAUCACUUAACCAAUGCAAGCAACUCUCAUCUCGUGUGUUUUGGGCCAGACCCCGACACGCCUCUGGGCAUUUCCCUAGACGACACUGAAUCUAUCAAGUCCGCAGUCACCCACCUCUUACCCAAGGACAAGCAGGAGGAGGUGAUUAUUAACCGAAUUGUCUCCCACGACUGGAACGACGACGAGUUUGCAAACGGCACGUGGUGUUUCAUGGAGCCGGAGGCCACGACAAAGUAUUUGCUGGCUCUCCAGCGGCCACACGGCAAUAUCCUUUUUGCCAGCGCCGAUUGGUCAGACGGCUGGCGAGGCUGGAUUGACGGAGCUGUCCAGAGCGGGACAACAGUGGCAAAGACAGUCAUACUCCAGAAAGGUUACCCUACACAUGCUGCUUCGGUGGAGGGGAAGGUAGGCUGA